UAUUAAUAUGAGCCACUUAAUUUUUAUAGUAUUGCUAAACAUACUGUUCACCAAUGGACUAAAAUACAACGGGUACCAAAUCGUUCAUAUCGAACCCACCAAAGAGCAAACAGAAUUGAUUCAUCAAAACUGCAAUUUCGACUACAUAACACCCUUACGAAGAAAUGGAGGCCUUACAAAAGUUGUUGUUAAAUCCGAGGAGCGCAAGAUCGUCUACAAUUUCCUGUCAAGCAACAAGAUCAAAUUCACCGUUAUAGUUGAUGACCUAGAAAAUUAUUUCAAAAAAGAACGAUUACACCAGCUAUCUCGUUUGAAAACGUUCGAUAGAGGAACGAUAAGCUUUAGACGCUAUGAAAGACAUGAGACGAUCAAUAAUUAUCUAAAGUCGUUGGCUUCGAAAUAUCCCGAACUGGUAUCUCUUGAAAAUAUCGGUCAAUCAUUUGAAGGAAGAGAUAUGAUAGUAAUUAAAAUAUCUACAGGACGAGGGACUAAACAAAAACCGGUAAUUUUUAUAGAUGCAGGAAUUCACGCAAGGGAAUGGAUAGCACCGGCUACCGCCCUGUAUGUCGUUAACCAAUUGGUGGAAAACUCCACGUGGAACAACUUCAUGAUCCAAAACGCCGAUUGGUAUAUUUUGCCAAGUUUAAAUCCGGACGGAUACGAAUAUACACACACAAAUGACAGACUGUGGAGGAAGACAAGAAGUCUAGGAAGCGAGUGCACCGGUACGGAUGCAAACAGGAAUUUCGACUUUUACUGGGGAACAACCGGCGCCAGUUCGGCCGAAUGCUCCGAAAUAUACAAAGGCCGAAAUGCGUUUUCAGAAGUAGAAUUGCAAAAUUUCAAAAACUUUUCAGAAGCUAACAAAGAUAAGAUCAAGCUUUAUCUGACCCUUCACAGUUACGGGUACUUCAUCCUAUAUCCCUGGGGAUACACAUCGGACCUUCCACAGGACGUGGACGAACUACAACAUUUAGGAUCGACAGUGUCAUCUAAAAUAAGGGACUAUAGUGGCACAAGGUUUACUGUAGGAAGUUCUACAAAUGUUCUCUAUCCCGCUGCCGGUGGAUCUGAUGAUUGGAUGAAGGGAGUCAAUGGCGUAGACCUAUCUUACACCAUAGAACUGCAGGGAGACUACGAAGGUUUCGAAUUACCCGCCGAAAAAAUAUUACCAGCCGUUAGAGAAUCGUUUGUUGGUAUUCAAGCAUUUCAUAGUUAUGUCGACAAAAAAUAUGCGCGAAUGUAGAUCCCUAUUUGUAAUUUAUUGUUUAAUAAUUUAUUGUUAUUGUUAAAGUUAAUAAAAUAAACAAAUUAU